AUGCUAGUGCGGUGGCUUCAAGCGCCUUCCAUUCGCCUUUUGCCCAUGUCCAGCGACGACGCGUUCUGCAAGUACACGUACAAGCCGUGCACGAACCAGCGUGUUAUGAAGCGCAACGGAGCGCUCCACCUCCUCUGCGCCUUCCACCGGGACCGUGCCAAUGCGAUCCAAAAGAUCCAUGCCGCCAACAAAAAAAUGCGCCAAGCGCUUGCGACGAUGGAACCGAGCGACUUUACCGGCCCCGACGACGGCUUUGACUUGGCGUCGGUCGUCGACGAAGACGAACUCCAAUACCUCUGCGAGCUACUCCUGAGCGGCGAGAGCGACGACGAAUAG